UGAGAGCAAGGUGAAGGUCAGCACUGCCAAAGAGAUUUAUUCCAAAACAGCCAAUCAAACUAAAAUAACAGACUUGUCACCAGCUAUUUCUAAUUAUGAUAAGAUUGGUACACAUGUCAUAACAGAAUGUGAUGUGUGUAUGACACCACUGGCCAACAGUGAUGACACAGCAGGCAGUUAUAUUAUGCUGGAACCAUGUCGCCAUGGAUACUGCCAAAAGUGUUGGCAAACCUAUCUGUUUGAGAAAAUUCUCUGUGGAACUACUGUCAUUUAUUGUAUGGGUUACAAGUGUAAGAUAGAGGUUGACUUUGUGACAGUUGCCUCCCUUAUGCCACUGACAGUGUACCAGAGAUGGCGCCGGUUCUGUCAUGAACAAGUCGUGCUAGCAGACGGCAGCUGGAAGUGGUGUCCUUCACCUUUGUGUUCAUACCUCAUUCAACAGUCACAAAAUGACCGGCCCGCUGACAGCAUCGUCCAGGCAACGUGCCGCUGUGGAUUCAGAUGCUGCCUGCAAUGUCAGAAACCUGCUCACUGGCCUGCAUCCUGCCAACAAGCUGACAUCUAUUACAAGAUGCUGCUUCAAAAUGGUUGGUGAAAUUAUUUAAAUUUUCAAUUCAAGAUGUAGCCCAGUGGUAAAGCGUUCACUUGAUGCAUGGUCUGUCUGAGGCAACGUGCCGCUGUGGAUUCAGAUGCUGCCUGCAAUGUCAGAAACCUGCUCACUGGCCUGCAUCCUGCCAACAAGCUGACAUCUAUUACAAGAUGCUGCUUCAAAAUGGUGAUGAACAUGGAAAACCAAUGCCAGCAUCGGUAACAUUCUUUGUAAAUGUAAAACCGUGUCCCAAAUGCCACUACCCCAUGGAGAAGGAUGGAGGCUGCAGUCACAUGACCUGUAAAUGCACCUAUCACUUCUGCUGGGAGUGUCUGGGAGACUGGAAUGACCACAUGCAGGGAGGGCUGAUUUGUUCUGCAUCAAGGAGGAAGCCACUGCAGAACUGGAUGCUGGAAGACUCAAUGACAUAUACUCUACGAACACUGUACUACAAGAAAUCAGUUCAUCACAGACACAAGAGACUGACAUCUCCAAAGACAUUUUCUGUGGAGCAAAUUUCUACAUAUGUCCAGCUUCUAGCUGCAAAGAGGAAGCCAAAUCAUAUGAAUUUCUUCAUGUCACUCUCUGGUAUCCAAGCAGACUCUGAACUUCCAUUUAAAGUAUUUAAAAUAUUUAACGAGGCUGUGAUAUAUGUCAAAGAGAUUAACAUGCUACUUGAGAAUGUGUUUGUUCUUCUGUCCAACACAACUCGCAGCAUGAACUGUCGCAGUUUCUUAGGCUGGAUCUCCCGACUGCAGUUUGUCUGUGCACAAAUUGAAGAGAUGGUUUCUUUCUCCAUAAAAGAGGUGUGCAAUCAGAAGGAUCGGCUACAACAUAUGAUGGAACUAGCAGAAAAGCUGGUUAGAAUCAUUGUCAGGGAUGCUCCAAAAAUACGGGAGAAAAUAUCACAACACAAACAAAAACAAGCAGCCAAUAUUUCCGAGGGACAUUAAAAUUAAACUGCUAACAGAAAUUUUUUUAUAUUUGUGUUUAAGAAACAUGAUAAUGAAUAUUUCAUAGCUCUCUUACGGAUAUUAAUUUGCAAUGAAAAUUUCACUGUGUACCUUAUUUAAGAAUGUAAAACCUUCAGAUUUUUUUUUUAAUUCUGAAUUUUAAUACCACCCAAGAAUUGUUUCUUUGUUCUUACAAUGCUUACAGUAAUCCCCGUUUUUCAGGACGAUGCGGUGCGGUAAAUUUUAACAUGCUCAUAUACCACGAAGGUUUCAAGCAUGUCCGUCCUGGGUCCCGUCCCUGGAUAGCCAGGGACCCUGACCCAGGACAGAAAGAAUGAUGCAAAGAUUUUGUGAUUUCUUUGUCCAACAUCAUUUGCAUCACUGAAUAUUAAAUAUACUAAAAAACAUUUACUACAUUUGAAGGGCUAAAGGCUGCAAUAUUACAUACAUGGCCAUUUUUAUCCACCAAAUCACUUUUAGCUGACUUUCUAUUUUGGCCUAAGUAUAUAAAUACCAUAAUACAAAACAAACAGGGGUCAAAACAUAUAUAUAACACCUAUAUAAAGUCGUCUUUUUCUCCACCAAAAAAUAUAUCUAAAUGGGAAAGAGAAUUAAAUUUUGAACAAGAAUACAAUUGGUGGAAAAGUAUCAACAGCAAUGUGUUCAAUAUAUCUAAGGAAACCAAAUUAAGAUGAUUCCAAUAUAGAAUAAUCCAAAGAAUUCUUCCUACAAACAAGUUUCUCUUUAAUAUUAGAGUGAUAAGCAGCCUAAAGUGUAGCUUCUGUAAUGUGUAUAUUGAAAUGUAUACCGGUACACAUUUAUUUUUUGAUUGUGUACACAUCCAAAAUUUAAUUGAACAAAUCGAGCAAUGGAUAAAAGAAGCUGCAGACAUUAUAGUUAUCUUCUCUCAUACCAGUUUUCUUCUUGGCCUCUCAAAGAACAAUAUCAUAAUUGACAUUAUUGCUCUUUUGACAAAGCAAUUUAUAUAUAGUUCAAAAUUUCUGAAGAAAUCACUAGAAAUUAAAAUAUUAAAAAUUCAUAUACAUUCUUAUUAUAUAUUAGAAAACAAAAUGUAUUCCAAUAAAAUCAAAUAUAAUGAAUUUAUUAAAAGAUGGAGUGUAUACUGUAAGUUGUUUGAAUAAAUAUCUCUGACAUCAUCCACCACUGACAGUAUCUAAGUAUUUAUUACCAUAUAUACAUGUAUAAGAAAUUUUGAGUGUUUCGUGCCGAGUAAGGUUCAAUGACGUGUUAGCAAGAGGUUUGUUGUUUUAUUUUAUAUUAACCAAUUUUGAUCUGUGUAUGUAUGUAUAAAAACAUAUAUACUGUGUGAAAAUAUGACCAAAAAUGAAAAAUAAUAAAUUCAA